CACUCCCAGUCCCACCCAGUCCAGUCAGCUAGUCAGUCAUUCUCUCACUCUCAGGGGCCAGGGGCAACUGUACUGUGCGUGUGUGCGUUGUCAGUGGAGGAGAAUACAGGAAUAGUGAGGGAGUUGUGUACUACAAACUACAACGCAACGCAUUACAGUGGCCUGUGCCUGCGAACCUUGAACUCAGAGCUCAGCUGUCAAAGAACCUUUCCUUGAUAAUACACACUACACACACGCGAGGCCUGGUCGGUGGACGUUGGCAGAGGUCUGAGGACUACGAAGUCCUUUUAAAAGUGUGCCACAUAUACAGCUGUCGCUGGGACAGGGUGGAUUUUUAGCUGGAAUAUAUUGUGAUAUAUUUUGGAGGAGAACACUGGCUGACAAUCAGCUCCCAAUUCAUUGAGGAUAAUAAUAGGCUGACUGUUGCUCUGCUGCCAUGAAGCGAUCACGCAAGAUCUUCACCUCCAUCCUGUGUUCAGUGACGGGUAUUGUGCUGCUGGUCACUGGCUGUGUCCUCAUUCACGUAUUCAGCGAGCUCAUACACAGUGAGGUUGAUGACCAAUUGCCUCUGAAGAAAGGUUCAGAAUCAUACAAGAACUGGCAGGCACCGGGCACACCCAUCUACUUCCAGGUGUGGAUGUUUGAUGUCGUCAACUAUAUGGAAGUGAUGGAGAAGGGUGAGCGACCGGCCCUGGUGCAGAUGGGACCAUACACAUAUCUGGAAAAACGAGAGAAGUACGACAUCAAGUUCAGCAAUGAUGGUACUGUUUCCUACAAAGAAAGUCGCACUUUCUUCUUCGACAGAAGCCGGUCUGCUGGAAGUGAGAAUGACACAUUCCAUUGUGUAAACCUGCCCAUGUUGACUGUGGCUGAUAUGGUUCGUUACGAGAACCCAUUGAUCAAAGAGGCAGUGGAGUUUGUUCUCAAGUUGACAGGGGAACAGCUUUUCAUCAAACUCUCAGUUGGUGACCUCAUGUGGGGUUAUGAGGAUCCUUUACUGAAGGAGGUGGAUAAAGUGCUGCGCCCGUUCAAUCGAUCUAUCCCAGAUGUAUUUGGAUUGUUCUACAAUCAAAAUGGCACUGAUGAUGGCGUCUACGAGAUUAUCUCAGGCCAGAAGGGUCUUGAUCACUUUGGAGAAAUACUCUCUUGGAAUGGAAACACGUCUCUGUCCUAUUGGAACUCCAAGAUAGCCAAUGCAAUCAAUGGUUCUGAUGGUACCUUGUAUCCACCAUUCAUCUCAACCAGUCAAACUAAGUAUUUGUUUUCAUCUGAUCUCUGUCGCUCACUGGGAAUGGACUUCAAGAAAGAUGUGACAAACAGAGGCAUCGACAUGGAUCGUUUUGUUGCUCCAGAAAUCAUGUUUGGCAAUGUGACUGUGAACCCGGACAAUGCAGGCUUUUGUACCCCUCCUGGAAACUGCCUUCCAUCUGGCCUGCUCAACGUUAGUGUGUGUAGAACAGGAGCUCCUGUAGUGAUGUCAAUGCCUCAUUUUCUGGGAUGUGAUCCGCAAACUAUCAACGCUGUGGAAGGGCUUUCCCCAAAUGAAGAAGAGCACUCAAGCUUCCUGGACAUUGAGCCGUUGACUGGUGUGGUGAUGAAUGCAGGCAAGAAGCUGCAGAUCAAUGUUUUCAUGGACAAGAUUGAUGGCUUUCCAGAGUUUGCUCACCUGAAGCCGAUCUUCUUUCCCGUCAUGUGGCUAAAUGAAAGUGCCAUGAUAUCUGAAGGUGAUGCUGCCAAGUUCAAGAAUGAAGUUCUGGACAAGAUCAAACUAACCGACGCUGUCAAAUACAGCUUGAUUGCUGUUGGUGGUUUCGUUCUAGUGUGUGUGUUGGCUGUCCUAGUGAAGGGCAAGUUGACCUCUUCUUCCUCUUCUCAGUCCUCUCAUGUACAAGACAGAGAUCACCUUGUGAAUCAUGAACGUUUUGACGACCCACUGCUGAUUCCCAAUGGUGGCAGCAACUCUAAUCCAGGGAUUAUGUGAUCGAAAUAACAUUCGUAUUGGAACUCUCACUCAUGACCAUUCCCUGUUCUUUUUCAAACUCUAUGUUGUUCUGCCUCUUCCAUAUAUUAUAUUACUAUUUGGCCUUUUAAAAUUUCUCAUGUAUAUAUGAGUUGCCUUUUUUCUGCCGAAAAGGGGCUUAAGAAAAUAGCCAGGGUUAAAGUGCACACCCAUUCUUAAAAAAAAGAAAGUAAGAGAAUUUUCGUAAUUUAUGUAAAUACCAAGGGUAUUUAUUGAUGCUGGUCAUCGUCAACUGAGAUUGAGGAUUUUGUUUUGGCCAGCUUAAUUGGAUUUUACAACUGUUUUAUUAUUUUUUUUUUUUGUAUUUGAAUUUGUUCAAAUGGUUACAUCAGCCAGGUUAUCUGCUUGUAUUCGAAAAGCUUAUGGAUUAUUUUUAUGCAAUUGUAUUUUCUUUUUUUUUCAAACACAUAGCAGUUGAAAUAUAGUGAAUGUGAGUGAUCUUGGCAUCUAUCUUGUAACUUUAUGUAUUUGGUUACCUUUAUUGCGGACCAGGCAACCAGCGCAAUCUACCAGAAUAAUGACACAGGAGAAUUGUUCAAAACCACAACUUGAAUGUGCUAAGGAUGUCUGCCCCAUUCCCUUCAACAUCUUAGAGAGAACGAUGUCUGAUGCCAUUCGAAGACCUCCUGACUUCAGUAAAAAGUUGCAGCAAACUGAAAUGGUACGGGCACCUCACAUGAGCAUCCGGACCGGACUGGACAAAAACUAUCUUACACAGAGAACAACACAAGGAGGGAGAUGAAGAGGCAGACGGAGGAAACGAUGGGAAGACAGCAUCAAAGAGUGGACUGGCAGUGACUUGGACACCACAC